AUGGAGAAGGAUCAACCGGACUCCUUGGCGACCGUCGCCGUCGUCUCGGAGAAGAUGCCGCAGACUCAUAGCCACUAUGCUCCCAGCGAGGUCUAUUCCUCCGCCGAACCGCCACCGGCGUACAUGAGACCGCCGAUGAAGAGCACGGCGGUUCAGAUCGCCAGGAUCGCCGCCGUUACCCUGAUCACGAUGUCCGUGGUGCUUGGUAGCUUUAUCCUGGCGGCAUCCUGGGUUCAGGCUAGAGCCUCCUGCACGCCAGAAUCGAUCGCGGCGAUGCAGGCCGAGCUGAAGCAACAACAACAGACUUUCGGCACGUAUCAGCCACAAGGCGAAUUCCUCAAACAUCUGCAGCCGGAAGCUUUGGUGCAGGAGUCUGUCGAAUCGAAGGAUUCUCUGCAAAAUCUCGCUGCACCAACGAAGAAGGAAGUUGAUUCCGAUACUAAGGACAUGAAAGUCCAAGGAGAUGGAGAGAACAGUUCAAAAUCUGACAGCGACAGCAGCGAUGAUGAUGACGAUUACGAUGACGAUGAAUUCCCUCCCGUGCACAUUAAGCUUCCUCUUCAGUUGGAUCUCGACGAUAUUGCAGGCACGCUAAUUCAGCAAGCUCGCAGCAGAGUUUCAUGCGUGGUUGAAAGACGACGGGCCGAUGAGGUGACGGACGGAACUAACGACAACGGUUUAAAUAACAGUACUGAUCCGCAACGUUUCCAAAGACUGAGCGGCGAACGGGUUGCUAUUCUUUGCGAAUCAGGCAGUCCACACCACGAACAACAGGAGCAGGAAAUGCUCACUCCGAUCAUCGUGCCUCUAGGCACCGUGCAAAUUCCUCUUCAGUCCCAGGAACCGAAUCCGGGUUACCAUCAGUAUCAGAUACACACCCAGUAUCAAGUUCCCGAUAUGCAGCAAUUGCCACUCAGCGACCCACGAGGAUUAAAUCACAUCCCACCGGGUGUACUUCCACCUGAGCUCCGUAAUCUUCCUCAACUGACAAUGGAGAUGAGACCGCCUCGAAUGGGUCCGCAGAUGCCCAUGAUGGCACCUCAAAACAAUCCGAUGGGACCACAGGUCGAGAUGCGUCAGAUCCCUAUCGAACUGCGUCACUUCCCGAUGGAUCCGCUGAGAGGAAUGCGACCAAUUGCUCCGGAGCCUCGUCAGGAACCGCAGAUCUCGGUGAUGUAUCAGCAGCAGCCCGAGCAAAUUCCCAAUACUUACAACCAGGAGCAGCAAGGUCCGGUUAUGAUGCCCCCGCCUCCUCCGCAAGCCGAGGCACAGGUCCAAGAUAACAGGAUACAUCAAACGUCGCCCGUGAUGAUCCCGCAGACCGAACAGAGACCACCCGCCCCGCCUCAGGUCGCGCCUGAGAAGCCACGCUCACCAUUCCAAGGCAUUCCCUUCGAAAUCAGAAGAAUAAUUCAACAGGUACCGUUGGAGAUCAAGAAUAUCAUCCAGCACAUCACUGGAGAAGCCAGACCGUUCCCGGUCCAGGUGCCAGAUGGAGCACGUCGUGAGGAACUCAAGCCGUUCCCCGAAAACGCGAGACCAAUACCAUUAGGACCGUUCCCACUUCCGAUGGAAGUGAGAAAUUUGAUCGAGCAUGGAAACAUUGAAGGUCGCCAACGCCCGGAUGGCGGCGACGAGCAGCAGGAAGCGAAACCUUUCCCAGGCCCAGAGGAUGAGGGUGACGAAGUCGAAAGAAACUUCCCCGUACCUGUGGAGAUUCGCAAUAUAAUUCACCAGGUCGUAGAGGGUCGUGCUUUUCCGGUUUCGAGAUUUGCGUUAAGACCAGUCGAAUCCAUGGAGGUACCGGUAGAAGCACGUGCUGAAGUAUCCGAUGGCCAGUCUACGGACCAACAAUCCGAGCAACGGCAACAAGAGCCCCACCAGGAGGUACAUAUGAUGAUUCAGCAGCAGCAGCAGCAGGAACAACAACAGCAGCCGCAACAACAACAACAACCACAACAACAGCCAAUGCAGGAGGAGGAAACUCGCCCGCAUUAUGUGCAACCACGUUCUGUGCGCUCCGUGCCAGACGAAGUCUUCCUUCAUCGUCGCGAGAAACGCGUGCGUCGUUGCGCCUGUGACUGCGCGUGCUAAAGGAUGCAGCCGACUGCACUUCCGUGCGUGUGUUGGACGGAACAAGAUUUUAAAUUCCGUCUAAGAUAAGAGAUUAAGAAGAAAAGAAUUCUAAAAUCGCGUCAUCGACGCACACUUUGGUCAAACGAUUGCAAUCGUUGCGGUUUUAAGGAAUAAAACAAAUGCAAGGAAAAUAGUUGCAUAUAUACUCAUUAAUGUUGCAAUCUUCUUGUAUCAAAUUUUCCUGAUCCAAAGUAUAUCAUUAUAACAAUAAUGUUCGAAUAAUUUUUUUUUUAAGUUAUCCCGGAUUCCGAGGUUUUCGAUUGACGAUAAUUUCGAUAGUUGACGAUUAUAUGAUCGAGGAGUAAUAUCCGAUUUCAAUGACAACGCGUAAUUGAUUUCAGUAUAUUUAGCCUUCUCUAUUGGCUAAGAGUAUGAGAUAAAAAACCAUUUAUAAAGAUAUAACUGUUAUAUAUAAAUGUUAAGAUAUAUUUUAACUCGCGAACUGUUGAUCAGACAAUAAAUAAUAGUUUCCAAAUCGACUCGAUUGAUUAUAUCGUUAUAUUCUUUCAUAGAGAGAGAAAAGUAGAAAGAUAGUUUAGUGAUCUGUGAUUCUCCUAUAUAAAUCUCCUUGUGAAAACUCUAUGUAAACAAGCAUGGUUUUAUUUUAAAGAAUGAUUAAUUAUUAGACAUUUUUCUGUACAAUAAUCUCGUCUUUAUGUUUCGUUAUUAAUUUUGCAUUUUUCUUUAUUUUCUUCAUAUCCCCAUCUCACCCUUCCAAACGGUAGAGAAAAAUAAAGAUCAAUUUUUUUUUUAAUGUAAAAGCUACCCCAAAAAAAGGCACUGUGUAUUAUGUACUUUAGUUUUGAUUAAAUUACUUACGAAAAUACAUUCCUAUAGAUUGUUUGCGUUUAUCGACAAAUUAAUUUUAAGCUUUGAGUGUUUUAUUGAAUUAUGUUCUUUAUGUACUAUGUUUUUUUCUUUUUCAUGACAAAUAAUAAAGUGAUACAAUAUUGAUUCAAUUG